GCUGGCCUCCCUAACCCCAGGCACAGGCCAGGCGCUGCGCAGCCUUCUCCACGCCAGCCUGGCCCAGCUGUACAGCCACCAUGGCUACCAUGGCCCGGCCAUCACCUUCAUGAUGCAAGCCAGUGCUGUUGCCAGAGUCCGUGCCAUUGUGGACUGCCUGGUGGCUCUGGCCUGGCUGCACGUGCUUCAUGGGCAGGGCCCGGUGGCCCUGGACAUCCUGCAGUCUGUCCAGGAUGCAGUGGUGGCCAGCGAGGACCAGGAGGGCGUGAAUGCCAACAUGGUGGCCAUGGCUCUGAAGAGGAUGGGCCAGACGAGGCAGGCAGCCAAGGGCCCGUACCCUACGGGCAGCUCGGGACCUGGGCCUGCGGAGGAACCAGGCAGUGGUGCUGGCCACCUUCGGGGCCCUGUGCCUGCACGUGGGUGCCAGCAGGCUGGCCCAGCACUCCCUCCUGGAGGCUGUGCGGCUGUUCUCGAGGCUGCCCUGUGGGGAGUGUGGCCGGGACUUCACCCACGUGCUCCUGCAGCUGGGCCACCUCUGCACCCAUCAGGGCCCGGCCCAGCAGGGCAAGGGCUACUACGAGUGGGCCCUUCUGGUCGCUGUAGAGAUGGGCCACAUGGAGAGUGAUUGCGCCGGUUCCUCCUGUGUGCCUUCUGGGCCACUCGGGUCAGGGCACACCUGGGGUUUGUGAUUCAGAAACAAGCGGUGGUUUUCCCCCAUCGAAAAUGCCGAGUCGUGGCCAACAGCAGAUGUUGGCAAGCACCCUGGAGACAGGCCGUUCCAAUGCAGGGCCAGGCCCUCUGUGCCCCACUGGGGCAGCCAGCUCUUCCCGGUUUGCCCAGGGACCAUCCUGCCUUGAGCUCUGAAAGUCCUGCGUGCUGGGAAUCCCUGGCCAUAACCCUGGGGUCUAGGCAGGCUCUGCUGUGCUGGGACUUGGGGCCCCUCCAGAAGCCAGGCCCUGAACGCCGGUCCUUGGGCCCGUGUUACCUGCUUGGUAUCUUGGCAGCCUGUGCAAGGCUGCCAUCCCACUUCACAGAGGACACGGGGGCAGGUGAUUGCCCAAAGCUGCAGAGUAAUUCAUGCAAAAGCAGCUCAUUGUGCAGAGUGUGCCAAGCCCCACCCACAAAUGGGGUUUGUGGGGUCCUCGGGUGGCAGUGGCUGAACGUGGGAAUGUGAGCUUCAGGCCAGAAAAGCCACAAAACAGGCCUACAAAUCUGCUUUGGACACACCAAAUGAAGUCUGGGGAUUUUCAUCGACCUCCAGAAGAAAGAGGAGGAGGCACAUGCCUGGCUGCAAGCAGGGAAGAUCUAUUACAUCCUGCAGCAGAGCAAGCUGGUGGACCUGCACAUCCAGGGAACGAGCGCAUGGCCUACCACCGGCUGGCCCAUGGCAAGCUGGCAGAGCACUUCUACCUCAAGGCCCUGUCGCUCUGCAACUCGCCGCUGGCGUUCGACGAGGAGACCCUCUACUACGUGAAGGUGUACCUGGUGCUCGGUGACAUCAUCUACGACCUGAAGGGUCGGGAGAAGGACAUUUCAGAGGACAGCAUCAUCCUCACGUUGACUCCACAUUGCAAGAUCCAACCCAAAUCCCGGCGCCUCCUCUUGGAAGCCUGCCCAGGGUGCCAGCCUGCACUGAGCAACUCCUUUCUGGAGUCCCGAGCCACCGUGCAUCUUCACAUCACCCAGGAAGGGUGGGGUGCGGCCAGUGUCUUACCAUCUGCUUCACAGACAGGGAAACCCCAGCACAGGACAGGUGCAGUGGGGCGGGGCCCCAGCCAGCCCGACUGAGGCCUGCUGGGUCAGGUCUGUCUCGAGGGGAGGUGCUGGGACUGGUGCUCCCUCUGCCCCAGCCCUGCAGGGGUGGAAAGCUGGGACUGGCAGACUCAGACCUGGGAUGUCUCCACCCCUCUGCCCAGCAGGCGCCCAGCCCUCUUCAGCAUCGCACCGGCACUGCGUCAGUGCUCCUUAUGGGCUCAGGGGCCAGCACGCUCCAGUCCAGGGACCGAGAUCUUGGGGGCCUUAGAACAUGAGGCACCGGGGCAGCCCAAAGACCCCGGCCCGUAUCGUCCACCACAGACCUGGGGCUGCCCGGGAGGCCCCCGCCCAGUGCUGGCGACACCUGGUGCUCAGCAGCAAUCCCUGUGGCCUCCCAAGUCCCAGCCAGAGAGGGAGGUGCCAGGCCCAGAGGGAUGCUGCUCACUGCACAGGGGCUCACCUGGGAUCCAGGGGACGGGCCUCCCAGAAGGAGCCUUUCUCUUGGUUAAGCCUGCCGCCCACUCUGCCUGCCCAGGAGGAAGGAAAGGGCCAAGCAGUACCUGAAAGGCCAAUGUGCACGGUUGGGGUCGAGGGGCAGAGACCUCCUUCACCUCCUUCCCAUGCACAGCUCUCUGGGCCUCAUCGUCACCAAGCUGUCAGCGCAGGCCAGCUUCCCACAGGGAGGCUGCCUUUCCAAGGCCACGCCCUCCUCCUUGUAUAGGAGGCUCUGGACCCAGGGCCCAGAGGAGGGGGAGAGAAAGCCGGGCUGGAUGGGGCCUGGAAGGCUGGCAGAGGCAGGGGUAAAUGGACAUCCUUGCCGAUUGCCUCUAAAAUGGGGUCCCCUUUAGUCUGCACAUGAGAGUGAGCCCUGGAAUAGGGUGGAUUACGUGUGUCCUGACUGAGCCUGCCAUUCAGUAGCUGCUGCACACACUACAGGCACAUGGAAAUGCACACAGGCGCGCACACACACCCACACACAGGCAGGCACAGGGCAUGCACACUCAGGCAUAUGCCUGCCUGCACUGAGCAACUCCUUCCUGGAGGACACACACAGGCGCACAACCACGCACACGCACAGACAUGCUUUGGCCGGCUCCUUCCUGUUUAGUUGGGAUGCCUCCACCCCUUUAGGAACCCCUUGCCUCCCACCCCUGGCUGAGUCUGGGGCCUCCUGGGUCCCCCACAGGAUCCUGGGCUGCCCUGUGUGGUCAGUGUUCACUCCCAGGUCCCUCAGAUUGGGAGCUAGGACAUUAGGCUCAGCCAUGCACCCAGCACAGAGUCCAGUGUUUGACUGGGCGGGCACUCGGGGCCUUCUCUCGCC